AAAAAUUUGGAGAUAAGAACGAGACAGAGGGCUUCAAGUAUCGCCCGUAACAAUCACCGUCCUGUGAGCGUCGAAGCAAGAAGCAGCAGGGGAGGCAGCGCGAACUGAAGCAGAUCAACAAACUAGAGAGUAAAGAUGGCGGGUGGCAUGGGAGUGAACAAGAACAAGUUCAUAGAGGACUGGAAUCACGCUAGGGAGAACCUAGAGCUAACCUUCCGUUGGACUCGCCGCAACCUAGCGAUCGCUGGAUUCUUUGGCGUGGCCGUUCCCAUUCUCGUUUACAAGGGCAUCGUGAAUGAAUUUCACAUGCAGGAUGAGGACUGGGGAAGACCACCGAGGAAAUUCCUGUGAGGGGAUUUCAUCGGAUGAGGUUUUUCAGUUGUUUCUUUUGGAAUAAUGGUAAUUUUGACUUGGCAGAAUUUGGUCGUUUAAUGGCACGAUAAGAAAGAUAUUGAAGCUUGUUUGGCUAUUGGUAGCUUCUUUUUACAUUGCAUUGUUGUUUUUGAUAAGGAGCCUGUGAAUGAGGCUUUUGUAAGUGAUGAUAAAACCAUGCUACUUUAAAUCUGAUAUGCGUAUUGUGUCAGUCUUUAUAGUUUUAUUUGGAUAAAAUUUUUGA